AUGUCAGGAAGAGGAAAGGGAGGUAAAGGUUUGGGCAAAGGAGGCGCCAAGCGUCACCGUAAAGUCCUCCGUGAUAACAUCCAGGGCAUCACCAAGCCCGCCAUCCGCCGCCUGGCUCGCCGCGGUGGAGUUAAGCGUAUCUCCGGCCUCAUCUACGAGGAGACCCGCGGUGUGCUCAAGGUGUUCCUGGAGAACGUCAUCCGUGACGCCGUCACCUACACCGAGCACGCCAAGAGGAAGACGGUCACCGCCAUGGAUGUUGUCUACGCCCUCAAGAGGCAAGGACGCACUCUGUACGGCUUCGGAGGAUAA